UUCUUCUUCUUCUAUGGCUUCAAUGAACUUGCUGGGUUUCUCUCUCUCCCCUCAAGAACACACUACUACUACUCAUCAUCAUCAUCAAACUCGUUUUGGGCUAUUCAAUCCCACUGCACAAGAUGAUGUAACUGCUGCUGAUGAUGGAAACUGCUUCGAUCUCACUCCUUCCACUCAUGCCGCUACUACUCUCAACCUCCCUCCUUUUCCCAUCUAUCAAGAACCCUUCAACAAUCAUCAUCAUCUUUCUACUCAUCAAGAUUGGAAGGAGAAUAACUACAUCAACCAAAACCUGCUAUUAGAAACUUCAUGCAACAACAAUAACAAUGUCGACAACAACCACCACCACCAUCACCAACAACCCAAGCUCGAGAACUUCCUCGGUGGACACUCCUUCGCCGAUCAUCAUCACGAUUACGGUGCCAACUCAUCAGGAGACUACCUCUUCCAAAACUGCUCUCACCCGGAAGUUACAGCAGGAGGAGGAGAAGGCUCCGCCGGCGGCGGCGGUGGAAGCACAAACUCAAUAGGGUUGUCAAUGAUAAAAACAUGGCUAAGGAACCAACCACUUCAUCAUCAUCACUCAUCAGAAAACAAAGAAACCAUGAUUGCAUCUUCAAAUAAUACUACUGCACCAACAACUCAAACCUUGUCGCUUUCUAUGAGUACUGGCUCACAAUCUCUCCCGCUAUUACCACCUACUAAUAAUAAUAAUGUUAGUGUUGCCGUAGCAGGAGGGUCUUCAUCAACGGGAGCAGUUGAAAAUGGAAGCAUUGUUGAGAAUAACAAUGUGACCAAAAAAUCCAUUGACACUUUUGGACAAAGAACUUCCAUUUACCGUGGUGUAACAAGGCAUAGGUGGACAGGGAGAUAUGAAGCUCAUUUGUGGGAUAAUAGUUGUAGAAGAGAGGGACAGACUCGCAAAGGGAGGCAAGUAUUUGCAGGAGGUUAUGAUAAAGAGGAAAAAGCAGCUAGAGCCUAUGAUUUAGCAGCCCUAAAAUACUGGGGAACCACAACAACAACAAAUUUUCCGAUUAGUCAAUAUGAAAAAGAAUUAGAAGAAAUGAAGCACAUGACAAGACAAGAGUACGUUGCGUCAUUGAGAAGGAAGAGUAGUGGAUUUUCUCGUGGUGCAUCCAUUUAUCGUGGAGUAACAAGGCAUCAUCAGCAUGGUAGAUGGCAAGCUCGGAUUGGAAGAGUUGCAGGCAACAAAGAUCUUUAUCUAGGAACUUUUAGCACUCAGGAAGAGGCAGCAGAAGCAUAUGACAUAGCAGCCAUAAAGUUCCGAGGUUUGAAUGCAGUUACAAACUUUGACAUGAACAGAUACGAUGUGAAGAGCAUACUAGAGAGCAGCACCUUGCCCAUUGGUGGCGCCGCCAAGAGGUUGAAGGACAUGGACAAUGGAGACCUAAUUAAUGUAGACAAUAGUGUUCACCAAAGACAACACCAAGAAGAUCACAGCAACAACAUCAAUUCUCAUUCUCUAACUGAUGGAAUCAACAACUUUGUAACUGCGGCGGCUGCCACCCAUCAUGGUGGUUGGCCUGCUUCCCUUGCAUUCCAACACUACCCUGCUAACUAUGGAUCUUCAUCAUCAUCAUCACAAAGGUUCUGGUGCAAGCAAGAGCAAGAUUCUUCUGAUCAAAACAAUGUGUCUCACAAUUUUCAUCAAGAAAUUCAUCCUUUGCAACUAGGGGGUAGUACCCACAAUUUCUUUCAGCAUGGUAUCAUGACAUUGGAUCAUUCUGCUUCCAUGGAUAACAAUAACAGCUCUGGAUCAAGUUCUGUGGUUUAUGGUGGGGGUGGUGGGGGUGGUGGUGGUGGUGAUGUCAACGGUUAUGUGUUUCAAAUGGGUGCUGUUAUUGGCAAUGAUAACAAUGAAAUCAAGGGACUUGGCUAUGAAAGUGUUUUUGGCAGUGAGGCAUAUAAUCAGACACAUGGAAGGCAUCUGUAUUAUCAGCAACAAUCAUCAACAAUGGAUCAUAACAAUAAUGGAGCUGUAGUAGUUAAGGGUAGCCCAUAUGAUCAUCAUCAUCAUCAUGGUGGUGGUUCCAACAAUUGGGUUCCAACUGCAAUACCCACUCUUGCAGCAUCAAGGGGUCUCUGCCAUGGGGCUCCACCAUUCACAUUAUUGCAUGAAUGAAUGAAUGAAUGCAUGAAGAAUAGUUUAUUAGAACUUCUGAGUCAUAGCCAAGGUUGAAAAAAAAAGUAUAUGAUGUAUACAUACAUUUACUCACUAAUUUCCUAGUCCUUUUUGGCCUAAUUCUAUUCUUCUUUAUUCAUCUAAUAGGAAA